AUGAGGAAUAUCCUGAUUCACAUGGAGGAGCUACAAAAGAAACAGGACCAACCACUUGGGUUCAGUGAGAGACGGGAUCCACAUCAGGAUCGGUUUUUAAAGCAGGUGGUUGAAGCGGUUCAGUUUUGCCACUUGAGAGGAAUCGUCCAUCGAGACAUCAAAGACGAGAACAUUCUAGUUUACAUGUGUACCGGAGAUGUCAAGAUCAUCGACUUUGGAUCUGGGGCUCUUUUGAAGGACAUGGCCUACACAGACUUUGAAGGAACCAGAGUUUACAGCCAACCUGAAUGGAUCCUGCAACAACGCUACGAAGCACUUCCGCUCACCGUCAGGUCUCUGGGCGCCCUGCUGUUUGACAUGGUGUGUGGAUACAUUCCCUUUAAGAGAGACAGAGACAUUGUCCAGGCUAUGCCCGGUUUCACUAAGCAUGUUUCUAAAGGUGAGUUCCUGUGUGUCCAGUAUUUCUGGUAA